GUUAAUUAGCUACCAUUCCAUUUCAGUCAGUUUCCCUGGUUUUCCUGAGCGUUAGUGGUCGCAAUGAAAAAGUUCUUCAAAUUUUAUCCUUAUAAAGUCGUAUAAUUUUAAAAAGAACUGUCUUCAAUUUUGUAUGCAGUUUAAAUUAUGUAAUUAUUGGACCGCCCGCCCUCCAGCUAGUUGCUUCUGGAUGAGCCUUGGUAUCUGGUCUGACAAGGGAAAAAUCAAUUGGGGAAAAACCAUAAAAACAUCACUUUUCACUACACGGACAUUCAUUGAAUUAUUAUUGUGGAGAAGCAAAAACAGCAACAGGAUUCGACAAGACAAACGGAAUCAACGAUGCCGCCCAUAUUACAUCUAAACCUUGGGGAAGAAGAUGUGGUCAAGCUCAUGUUAGAAUUCCUCCACACUAGACAAUUGCACAUAACACAGUUAUCACUGGAGAGAGAGACUGGCGUCGUCAACGGGAAUUACUCCAACGACGUACUAUAUCUCCGCCAAUUAAUCCUGGAUGGGCAGUGGGAUGAUGUACUGGUUUAUAUACAACCUCUAACCGCUUUGAAAGCGUUUGAGGUCGAAAGAUUUAACUAUGCUAUUUUGAGACAUAAAUUUAUUGAACUUUUGUGUAUGAAAUCCGAAGUGAGAGCGUUCGAUAACGUAGAAGACAUUGUAAAAGAUGUAGUGAAAGUAUUAGAACAGUUAGAAAAAUUAGCUCCUUCGAAAGAAGAGUAUGCUAAGUUGUGUUUAUUGUUAACUCUUCCGACUAUCACAGAGGACGCCGAGUAUAAGCAGUGGAACCCUAGUAAUGCUAGAGUACAAUGUUUUUUCGAAGUGCUCCCUCUCGUGGAGCAAUUCCUUCCUUCCGAAAAAAAAACCUCAAGUGGUGCGCUCAAAAGCGCCAAAAACGAUCGUUUGAUCCAGCUUAUGAUUAAAGGAUUAUUAUAUGAAACAUGUAUGAAUUAUUGUCACGCCAAAGCAUCAGGGACGAAAGAACCAGAUCUAAAUGAAAUGGACUUCUUACAGUUGUUGGACGUCCCCCCGUUCAAUGAAAAAGAUUUGAGUUUGCUGUCGUGGCUCGAGUCCAUACCUUCGGAGACUUUUAAAAUAACUUUUGAUCAGAGGAAGUUGGAUGUGGCUGUGGAAAAAUUGGUGCGGCCCUCGUUACAUACCUCAUGGACUGAGCACAUGCUUGUGACGCCCAUAAAGCCCCGGACUUACCCUCACUUGUCGAUGCCUUUUAAGAGACCGAGGUCGGCCGCGGACGCUAUGACGCGAUCGCUGCGACCAUUGCCCGACGGCGCUCCAAAGCACCCGGACCUAAUGGCUUUAUCGGCUAUGUACUAUGGGCCAUCCACGUCUUUCCAUCUCCCCAGUAGUAGCAGCAAUGCGAUAAACGCUCCUGUAGAUAACCUUUCUGACAGCACCACAGAUGAACACAACACGGCAUUUAUCACGUUGAAUGAGAAACUGCAACCGAUCAAAGAAACUGAAAAAUCAGGCGAGAAAAACAUUGAUACCAGCAUUGGUGCUUCAGCUGUGACGACACCGGAGCGCAGACCACAGAGACAGUUAUGGCUGGCACCGCCACUUGCCACAUCAUCGCCAGUGAGCAUAGCGGCAGCGACUUCGAUCGCUGUGAGCCCCAAACAGGAUGUUGUCCAAUCCGUCCAAAACGAGUUUCGGCGCGAUUUACUUACCGAGUACCAGCAGAAAAAACAAAUAGAGUGUGAGGAAUACCUACGCGUUUUGUGUUCGUCCGAGUACAGACCGCAGCAACCACUCGACCCAGUUGGUCCUGAGCAAAGCAAUACAGCUUUUAAGUUAAACUCGCCUAUGCCAUCGGAAAUUGAUGUGGUCAACCCAAUUAUUCCUCCAAGGUUUGAAGAUGUUAGAACACCGAGGAAGACUCCGCCUAAACGGGAAUCGGAAGAGGACGAGUUCAUUUCAGAAGGAUUCUCUCCCAUGAGACGACUGCAUCCACGGGAGCGAAUACUCUCAGUUUCUCCGAAUAUGCCAAAGGCGCUCAGAAACGCCCAGUCUGCACAGAAAAACAUGCCAAAGCCGGUCAGCUCGAUGGCCGAGGUCGACAGCUCCAAGCCUACCUUCAAACCCAUAACCAUGCUGGAGGACUUGCAAGCUGUUCGAUGUGCGGAGUUCCAUCCCAACGGGAAGCUAUACGCUGUCGGUUCUAACACCAAGACACUGAGAAUAUGCACUUACCCCAAGAUGGAUGAGAUCAACUGGGAUGACGUCAAAGAGGGCGCUUCACCACCCACCGUUCUCCUGAAAAGGACAAAGCAUCACAAAGGAAGCAUCUACUGCCUGGCCUGGAGCCCCGCGGGAGACUUGCUCGCCACCGCCUCCAACGACAAGACUGUGAAGCUCAUGCGCUUCAAUAGCCACACGUGCAACUUGGAAGGCCAAGAGAUGGAACUUUCAAUGCACGAUGGCACUGUUCGAGACAUCUGCUUCAUAGAAGACACGUCGAACAAAGCGAGUCUGCUGGUCAGUGGUGGCGCCGGAGACUGCAAGAUUUACGUGACGGACUGUGCUACCGGGAAACCUUUCCAGUCUCUGGCCGGUCACUCGGGCCACGUGCUGUCGCUGUACAACUGGGGUGGCGCCAUGUUUGUUUCCGGCAGCCAGGACAAGACUGUCCGCUUCUGGGACUUGCGAGUCGGCGGCUGCGUCAACGUCAUUCCCAACAAGAGCUCGGCGGUGACGUCGCUUGCGGUGGAGUCGAGCGGGCGGCUGCUGGUGAGCGGCUAUGAAGAUGGCUUCUGCAGCAUGCACGACGUGCGCGCCGCGCGCCCGCUGCAGCGCUUCGGGCUGCACUCCAGCGACGUGCGCAGCGUGCGGUUCUCGCCCGGCGCCUACUACUUGCUCACCGCGGGUUACGACGGCCUUGUGGUGCUCACCGAUGUGCAGGGCGACCUGACCAGCCCGCUGCCCAGCGUCCUAGUCGCGCGUCACUCGGACAAGGUUAUAUCUUCGCGCUGGCACCCAGAAGACUUUUCCUUUUUGUCCACUUCUGCGGACAAGACUGCGGUGCUGUGGACCAUUCCACCAGUCUGACAUUGCCACCACCAAUGCUACUCGUGCUCGCGAUAAUCGUGCUAAUAUAAUUAAACUCAUUGCAUCGGGAUGUUGCCUAUGUUACAGGUAAUUUCUUUGUAUCAAACAGAGGGUCCUUAAAACUUUGUAAAAUCUACGCCUUCUUAAGCUUAAAAACAUUUUGAGUUAUUUAUUAAAGUAAAAAAGCUCGUCAAUUGUUCAUAUUGUAUCAAUGUAUCUAAGCGCGCGUUUUGACGUUUGAUAAAAUUGACUGCAUAGUGGAGUAAACGAAGCAUUUUCGUCGGAAGUCGAUGCUACAUAAGUGUUUAGAGGUCAUUCGUAGCAUUUGACCUCCUCUACA